ACAUAUCUUCUCUCUCUUAGCCUCUCCUUCAACUCUCCAUAGAAGUUCUUAAUCUCCUUCAAAGCUGAUUAAGAGCUCAAGGUAAUGGCUGAAAAACAACUAGGAGUGCUAAAGGCACUCGAUGUUGCGAAGACGCAACUUUAUCAUUUCACGGCGAUUGUCAUCGCCGGUAUGGGUUUCUUUACCGAUGCGUACGAUCUUUUUUGCGUGUCCUUGGUCACCAAGCUCCUUGGCCGAAUCUACUACUUCAACCCGACGUCAGCGAAGCCUGGCUCACUUCCCCCUCAUGUUGCGGCCGCGGUCAACGGUGUGGCCCUCUGUGGAACCCUUUCUGGUCAACUCUUCUUCGGAUGGCUCGGUGACAAACUCGGAAGGAAAAAAGUGUACGGUCUCACUUUGUUGGUGGCCAAGAACAUCAAACAAGCCACAGCAGACAUGUCCAAGGUCUUACAUACAGAUCUUGAGGUUGAGGAGAGGGCCGAGGAUUUCGUCAAAGACCCCAGACAAAACUAUGGCUUGUUCUCCAAGGAAUUCCUUCGGCGCCAUGGGCUUCAUCUCCUUGGGACUACCUCCACUUGGUUUUUGCUUGACAUUGCCUUCUACAGCCAAAACUUGUUCCAGAAGGAUAUUUUCUCGGCCAUCGGAUGGAUCCCAAAGCCAGCCACCAUGAACGCGACCCAUGAGGUUUUCAGGAUUGCUAGGGCUCAGACUCUUAUCGCCCUUUGCAGUACAGUCCCAGGCUACUGGUUCACAGUUGCUUUUAUUGAUAUCAUUGGAAGGUUUGCGAUCCAGCCAAUGGGAUUUUUCAUGAUGACCGUUUUUAUGUUUGCAAUUGCCUUCCCUUACAACCACUGGACCAAACCAGAAAACCGUAUCGGAUUUGUGGUUAUGUACGCUCUCACUUUCUUCUUCGCCAAUUUUGGUCCAAAUGCAACCACUUUUAUUGUCCCGGCUGAGAUUUUUCCAGCCAGGCUAUGGUCAACAUGUCAUGGAAUAUCAGCCGCGGCUGGUAAGGCUGGAGCCAUCAUUGGAGCCUUCGGGUUCCUAUAUGCAGCUCAGUCACAAGACAAGGCCAAGGUGGAUGCAGGAUACCCACCAGGCAUCGGAGUUAAGAACUCACUGAUCGUGCUUGGUGUUCUUAACUUCAUCGGUAUGCUCUUCACCUUCCUUGUCCCAGAGCCAAAGGGAAAGUCCCUCGAAGAACUCUCUGGUGAGGCUGAGGUUAGCCAUGACGAGAAAUUGUUAUAUAUUUUGUGACGAUGAAACUUUUGUAAUUUUCUAUUUUAAUUUUGUUAUUUGGAGUGCGAUGUUUGGUUUUGUUUUCAUUUUAUUCGUUCGCUGACUUGAAGGUAUGAUGUUAUAAGAAUAUUUAUGAUAUCAUUUAAAUCUUGUUGAAUAUUUUGAA